AUGAACGCAACCAGCAUGUGCCUGUGUCGACUGGUACAAACCAUAACCCGCAAUCAGAAUCUCAACACCCGUGGGCAGAUGUGUGAAGCCUUGGAAGCACAUGCAGGCUGGUUAAACGACAACGUCAACGUGAGCGAUGGAGCAAUCUUUCUAGUGGGGCUUGCUGGAGCGUUGAGCGACCGCACAGACAUUGAAGGGCCCCGUCAUGCGUUAGACGUCAUCAAGAAUCUUGAAAGACUACCUUCUGAUGCGCAGGAUGACGAAACAACGACCUACUGGGGCUGUAACAGGCAGACAUCCGACUCGCAAAAUGGCAUAGACUUUUCGAACUCUCCCAGACUGGACACCGAUAUCAUUUCCCACGAUGACUUUGACGGCAAGCACUCGGUGCUAGGAUUCCUCGAACUCCCGAACACGGUUGGCGCAGGAGAAACGACUCAUACCGGUAUACUAGUCAACACGAUGUCCUCCCAGGAACAACAAGCAGCUCAAAUGUGCAACAAGAGCUCGACUAAAGCAUCUAGUUCGGCAAAGAUGGCUUCCACAACCACGGAAGAUAGUGGGUUUCAGAAGCGACCACUUGGACGUAAAGACAUCUGGGAUCUGGUUGAAGAACUGUGUCAGCGUCUAGACAAGAACGAUCCGCUCCGAAGGGAAGCCGAAGAGGAAAUCCGGCUAAAACGUACAACAAAGAGGCAGAAAAACGCUCGUCAGAAUCGGAAGAGAAGAGCAGGAGCCAGGAAGGGAAUCCAAGAUAGUGAAACAGUGAUGAACAACACAGCAUUGUAG